UUGCCUAUACUGUGUUUAUCCGCGUCUGUAAUAGGUGACAGUGACAGUGACAGCAGUGAAAUCAAAUAAGAUUAGUAAAUUAGUAAAUUUAGAUGGUGUUUUAUUUAUUCUCUUAUAGAUGAAAUAUUUAAUUUUAAUUCGAUAAUAUUGCGAAUUUGAAAAUGUUGUCAUCCCCUUCAAAUAGCAUGACGAAUAAUAGUUAUUCAAACGAUCGAGGUUCAAGUUUUGAAGCAGAAUAUGCUGUGGAUCCUGCCUCGGGAGGCUUUUUCCAUUCAGACUUCAAAAAGCAUGAUGAUCUUAAAGAGAUGCUGGAUUCUAAUAAAGAUAGUCUGAAAUUAGAAGCUAUGAAGAGAAUAAUUGGGAUGGUAGCAAAGGGACGUGAUGCUUCUGUACUCUUUCCUGCUGUUGUAAAAAAUGUGGUAUCUAAAAAUAUUGAAGUUAAAAAGUUGGUUUACGUUUACCUGGAAAGAUAUGCUGAAGAACAACAAGACUUAGCUUUACUUUCCAUAUCUACAUUCCAGAGAGCUUUAAAGGAACCGAAUCAGCUAAUAAGAGCAGGGGCAUUAAGAGUUUUAUCAAGUGUGAGAGUCAAAAUGAUAUCACCAAUAGUUAUGUUAGCAAUUAAAGAUGCCUCUUCUGAUAUGUCUCCUUAUGUGAGAAAGACUGCUGCUCAUGCAAUUCCAAAACUGAACAGUUUAGAUCCUGAUAUGAAACCUGAACUUAUCACAAUCAUCCAGAAGUUACUUGCGGAUAAAACUGUUUUAGUAAUAGGUUCGGCAGUAAUGGCUUUUACUGAAGUAUGUCCAGAAAGGGUAGAUCUGAUUCAUCAAGUGUUUAGAAAAUUAUGUGCCUUGUUGGUAGACGUGGAUGAAUGGGGCCAGGUGACAAUUGUGAAUAUGCUUACUCGCUAUGCUAGGAACCAGUUUGCAGAUCCAAACCUUCAAGAAAAUAACGAAUCUGAUAAAGAGUUUUAUGAGUCAAACUCUGAAGCCUCUGAAAACCACAUACCUAGUUUGGAUCCAGAUCAUCGACUGCUUCUAAGAUCUACAAGGCCAUUACUGCAAUCCAGAAAUGCUGCAGUGGUCAUGUCAGUUGCUCAACUGUAUCAUCAUGCUUCCCCAAGAAGUGAAAGUAUCUUAGCUGCAAAAUCUUUAGUGCGUUUUCUGAGAUCUCAUGUUGAAGUACAAAGCAUAGUUCUUAAUGCAAUAGCAUCAAUGAGUCUCACCAACAAAGGGAUGUUCGAACCUUACCUGAAGAGUUUUUUUGUUAGGAUAUCCGAUCCAACUAAUGUUAAGUUGCUGAAAUUAGAUAUACUCACUAACGUUACGAAUGUUUCAAAUGUUUCUAUUAUUUUACGAGAGUUGCAGACUUACAUUUCUAAUAGUGAUAAGAAUUUUGUUGCUGCCACUAUUCAAGCUAUAGGAAGAUGUGCCUGUUCUAUUUCAGAAAUCACUGACUCGUGCCUUAAUGGUUUAGUUUCUUUAUUAUCUAAUAGAGACGAGGCUGUUGUAGCAGAAAGUGUAGUAGUUAUUAAAAGACUUUUGCAGACACAAGCUGCUGACCCCAAAGAGAUAAUCACUCAUAUGGCUAGAUUGCUCGACAGCAUCACAGUUGCCCAAGCUAGAGCCGCCAUUCUUUGGCUCCUAGGAGAACAUUCACAAAAGGUGCCACAAGUUGCACCAGAUGUGUUGCGGAAAAUGGCUAAAACUUUUCCAGAUGAGGAUGACAUUGUUAAGCUUCAAGUGAUGAACCUGGCUAUCAAAUUGUACAUAACAAAUCCCGAGCAAACCUCUUUGCUGUGCCAGUAUGUUUGUAACCUCGCCAAAUAUGAUCAGAACUAUGAUAUACGGGAUAAAGCAAGAUUAUUCAAACAAUUUGUGCCCAAUCAAGACGGCAAAAUUAAAACUCAAGCUCUUAAAAUAUUCUUGGCUCAAAAGCCGGCUCCUGAUUUAAACGUCCAACUUACGGGUCAUGAAGAGUUACAAUUAGGCUCCCUGUCUCAUUACAUUAAGCAACGAGCUAAUGGAUAUGAAGAUUUACCUCCUUUUCCUGCUAAUCCGCCUACUGGGGAUGUUAGGAACGUAGAACCACUAUCAGGGGAGGAGGAUAAAGUUCAUAAGAGUACGGACAAGAAAAGAAAAGACGAAUUCAACUCUGGAUCUGGAAUGUGGGGAAGCUGGGAGUCUGAAGCUAGUUCUGGAGGCAAUAGUAGUGACUAUGGUUCUAGUACCAGUUCUUCGAGUGAGAGCGACGACAUGAAUGAGGAAGAUACAAGUGAAGAAGAAUCUUCCGAAGAAGAAACUUCUAAAAAGGGAUCUGAAUCUGAAGAAUCACAAUCAUCCAGCGAAGAAUCUAGCUCAGCGGAUGAAGCUCCUGCUAAGCAAAACCAAAGUCUUAAUUCUACUAACAAUACCACCACCGAAUCUGUAGCAAAUAGCAAGAAAUCCAAUUUAGACCUUCUCCUAGACCUUGACGACAUCGAUAAUCCAGCACCAGUUAUGACCCCUUCUCUAGGCGGUUUCUUCAGCCCAUCAACUCCAUUAGAUGUGAAUACUAGUAUUCAGAUUGUUCAGCCAGUAUUUCUAAGUACAAAACCAGUAGAAUUACUCAAUAGGAUAAACGGGAAGGGUCUAUCGGCGACGUUUCGGUUUACAAGAACGCCACAUCUUUAUUCUCCUAGUAUGACAAAUAUUAAUCUGUUGUUUUCUAAUACUACUGGUGAGGAUGUUGAUGAUAUCCGAAUAGGAAAAAAGAAUUUGGCAUUCGGAAUGAACUUACACGAUUUUGCCUGCAUAUCAAAGUUGCCACCUAAUUGUGCCCUUCCUGCAACAUUGGGCAUUGACUUCAAUGAUACUACACAGCCUGCAAAUUUUGAAAUUGUGUCUUCCUUAGGUAAAUUUAAUGUAUCUCUUAAACCAAAUAUUGGCGAGUUGUUGAGGCCAGCCACGAUGAGCACCGCUUUGUUCCUGCAGAAUCAGACCAAAUUACGUGGUAUGACGGAACAUUCCAAAGCCGUACCUAAUUGUGUUCCAGACAUUGAAGAAAAAAUAAAGGAAUGUACAAAUUUAGGGCCUUGCGAUCGAUCCGAUCCAAAAUACUUUAGGUUUGGAGGACAAACCAUGACCUCUUCAUCUUUGGUUCUAGUAUCUAUUGAAUGCAGUGAAGAAUCCACAAAUCUAAUAGUUAAUUGUGAAAAUAUUGUAUUUGGUUCUGUUAUGCUCAACGAGUUAAUAACCAUACUCUCGUUAUAAUCUGUUAUUAUAGUUUUAAUAUGAAAAAAUAUAAAAUUGUAUAUUUCUUUCAAAAUACAUAAGGUACACUAAAUUAUUAAGUUAAUUUUUUUAUAUUAUUCAUUCAUAGUUCAUUUAUAUAUAUUUAUACAUUAUUUUUUUUAUUUAUUGUAUUAAAUUGUCAGUUAAU